AUGGAUCAAGAUGGUCAUAACCAGCUCGUGAUUAUCAUGGUUCGGUGGGAUUCGUACACGGAGGUCACGCCUGACAGCGAAACGCACAUUCGCGUUACUUCGCUGAUCGAUUGGGAAUUAGCCGGUUGGUACCCAGUAUAUUGGGAGUUUGUGCUGCGGACUGCUGACAACCCUGCCCUCUCGGCGCGUAGGGACCCCCUCACUCUCACAUUCAGCUUGCCAACAACUAAACACGUAACGAACCCUCACAGCUGUAUUUGUCUGCUUUCUCUAAAUAUCUUUCUGUUUCUCUCCCUGCCGUCUGCGACAUUUCUUGUUUAUUCCUUCUCGCAUCCUCUGCCGGCCAACGAAACUCUCGGUAUGGCUGACACGCCGCCUGCGGCCUUCGGGCAUGUGCACGUGCUCGAAGCAACACAGGCGCAUACGCACACCGCUAUCCUACUCCAUGGACGAGGCAGCACUGGCCAAGAGUUCGCUGAAGAGCUCGCUGAGACGUUGAUGGCCGACGGCAAAACUAUCAUGCAGGCUCUGCCUGGCUGGAGAUGGGUGUUCCCAAGCUCCCGCGAGCUAUGGAGCCCAGUCUUCGAAGAAAGCAUGCCAGCCUGGUUCGAGGCCUACUCAUUAACAGAUGUCACGGCGAGGCAAGACCUACAAACGGACGGGAUUCGUGAGUCAGUGAAGCAUCUUGAAGGAAUCUGGGAGGCCGAAGUAGAGCGGUUGGGUGGCCUGGCGUCCAAAGUCGUUCUGGGCGGGAUCAGCCAAGGAGGUGCAAUCGGUAUCUGGACCAUGUUGUGCAUCAAAAGUAAACGGCCCACGUCGCAUCCAGCAGCUUUCAUAGGAGCUAGCACUUGGCUCCCAUUCGCCGCCGACAUCGAGCACGCUCUGAAUGGAAUCGACGAGGAGUCGGACAACAGAAUUGGCAGCGACUUUGUGAGGUCUAUGAUGAUCAGCCAGCACGCAAAAGCUCAGCCACCGAUGCCUGUGUUUCUCGGCCAUGGCACAGACGAUGCUUAUGUAGAUGUGGAGCUAGGACGUCAAGCGAAAGAUGUUCUCUCUCGAGUUGGGUGGACGGUGGAUUGGAACGAGUACUCGCGCGCUGAUCAGGAGGGUCACUGGCUAAAAGGACCAGAGGAGGUUGACGAUAUCGCCCUAUUCCUCCGAAGUGUAGCGGAGCGAUCGCUGCGCUCCAUCAACCUCUGUGAUGCGGAGUGCAGCAGUAUCGUGCCGCUUGACCGUGACCGUGAUAGACCCCUUGAAUCCACAAAUGUCCUUACCAGUCCAUAUAUCAUGGACAAGGAGAUCCUGCGACUCCUUGCCCUUGAGAUAGCGUACAAUCUCGUGAUACACAGGUCUCUGGAGCGCAAGAUGACACACCAGGGCGCAUAG